CAGUGUUCUCGGGCGGUGUCGGUUCCGGGUGAAGCAGUGAUAGGAGCGGCUGCAGGAGACGCUUGAUCGCAUCGGCCAUGGCGGCAGCGGCGGCAACAGCGGCCCCGGGAGGGGCAGGGCCCGUGUCAGUGCCAGGAGCUCCGAGGCUGGGGGUGGAGACGGUGAAGGGGCAAGUUUUUGACGUGGGGCCGCGUUACACGGAUCUGCAGUACAUCGGCGAGGGGGCGUACGGCAUGGUCUGCUCUUCCUAUGAUCAUGUCAACAAGAUCCGGGCUGCCAUCAAAAAGAUCAGUCCCUUUGAACACCAGACAUAUUGCCAGCGCACCCUGCGUGAGAUCAAGAUCCUCUUGCGCUUUAAGCAUGAGAAUGUCAUUGGCAUCAAUGACAUUCUGCGUGCGCCUACCAUUGAUCAGAUGCGUGAUGUAUAUAUUGUUCAAGAUUUGAUGGAGACCGAUCUCUAUAAGCUGCUGAAGACUCAGCAGCUCAGCAACGAUCAUAUCUGCUACUUCCUCUAUCAGAUUCUCCGAGGGCUGAAAUACAUUCACUCUGCCAAUGUGCUUCACCGGGACCUGAAGCCCAGCAACCUGCUCAUCAACACCACAUGUGACCUGAAGAUCUGUGAUUUUGGCCUGGCCCGGAUUGCUGAUCCAGACCACGACCACACGGGUUUCUUGACAGAGUAUGUUGCCACUCGCUGGUACCGAGCUCCUGAAAUCAUGCUUAAUUCCAAGGGUUACACCAAGUCCAUUGAUAUAUGGUCUGUGGGCUGCAUCCUGGCCGAGAUGCUAUCGAACCGACCCAUCUUUCCUGGCAAGCACUACCUGGACCAGCUCAACCACAUCCUGGGCAUUCUGGGUUCCCCGUCUCAGGAUGAUCUGAACUGCAUCAUCAACAUGAAGGCUCGAAACUAUCUCCAGUCAUUGCCCCAAAAGCCCAAGGUUCCGUGGGCUAAACUCUUCCCUAAGGCUGAUCCCAAAGCUCUGGACCUGCUGGACAAAAUGUUGACCUUUAACCCAAACAAGCGCAUCACAGUGGAGGAGUCGCUGGCCCAUUCUUACCUAGAGCAGUACUACGACCCCUCGGAUGAGCCGGUUGCUGAGGAACCAUUCACCUUUGAUAUGGAGCUGGAUGACCUGCCCAAAGAGAGGCUGAAAGAACUGAUAUUUGAGGAAACGGCACGAUUCCAGCCUGGCUACCAAGGACCUUGAGUGGCUGUUUGGACCAUUGGUCUCUACUUCACCAGGAGAUGAUUUGGGACUGUACCCAGCUCCCCUACUGGAUUAUGGAGGGGAGCACAGGAUUGGGGGGUACUGAUUUGGGGGUGCCCCUGUCGACUUGCUGUACAACUGCGCUUUGCUACGUGGCUGUGAACCCCAGUAACCCAUCUCUGGACCCCUUAAUGUGAUGUAUUGGGGGUGAGACCCUAGUGCCCAGGUUGGGGAAGAGGAGGGGCUUAUCCCCUCCCCUACAGGAGGGAAAGGAAAUGUUCCCCCCCUUUCAGUGAAACAGAAGGGGGGAGUGUCAUCUCCUAUUUUGGCAUUUUAUUGUCUUUGUUAAUAAACUAAUGCUGAUUUUUAGCAGGGCCAUUUUUUCUGAUCUCUUGGGCAUUAUUAGCAAAGGGAGGUGAACAUGAAAUCGUGGCUCCUGGAUGCUCUGCCCUAUAAUCCACUGAACCCCAGUACUUUUCCAAAACUGGGAACAGAAUCCAGGAAUCAUGG